AUGUCGUCAGAGCUGCAGUUUUGUACACAGGUGUACGGAAGAAGGCCCUAUGGAGUUGGGAUGCUGGUGGCCGGAUACGACGACGUAGGACCUCAUCUCUAUCAGACGUGUCCCUCCUCCAACUACUACGACUGCAGGGCAAUGGCCAUCGGCUCAAGAUCACAGAGUGCUCGCACAUACCUCGAAAACAAGCUGGGGGAUUUCCAAGAAUGUACGUUUACAAUGUACACUGCAUAAUAUAGACGGAAAUAUUUUCAUAAGGAAGAAAAUUUCGUGAUGCAAGGAUUCACAGACUAAAGAGCUUGUCGAAAAUUCUUUAUCACCGUUACUAGUAGAAUAGGAGGGGUGUAUAUUAGAGAAAUAAGAUGAUUUCCCAACUGAAAGAGAAAGAUGAAAUUAUUAUUGAAAGAGAA